CCGUCUUCAACUAGUAGCUGACACGUUCUGUCAAAAUUCAUAACCGAUUCUUGGUGCUCGUGUUUGUUCACAUAGGUUGCAUUUGCAUGAAAAUAAAUCUCAGUUUUCAACGUAAGUUCAAUAGUGGCCCGUGGCCGUCUGCAGGCAUCGCCACGGUAGCAGAGCAGGCAACGUAUGUACGUAGUGACAUCUAGCAUUAUAUUCAACGUGUGGUAUUGGAAAGAGAGCCGCGCGAGUGCAAGUGCCGAGCUGUGUGAUAUAUCUUCUUUGGUGCCCCCGAGCCAGACGAGCAGGCCCAAGAGAAGCGAGCAAGCGUGGCUAAUCAAGGCACCAAAAGAGAUAUCAGAGAUAUGAGCAGUUCGGAGGAAGUCUCGUGGAUCUCGUGGUUCUGUGGCCUCAAGGGCAAUGAAUUCUUUUGCGAGGUUGAUGAGGAUUACAUCCAAGACAAGUUUAACUUGACAGGACUCAAUGAACAAGUUCCACAUUAUCGCCAGGCACUGGACAUGAUCCUUGAUUUGGAGCCUGACGAAGACUUAGAUGACAAUCCCAAUCAAUCGGAUCUCAUUGAGCAGGCAGCAGAAAUGCUGUAUGGUCUUAUUCAUGCUCGAUACAUUCUUACAAAUCGAGGAAUCGCCCAGAUGAUUGAAAAAUACCAGGCUGGUGACUUUGGACACUGUCCCAGAGUGUAUUGUGAAUCACAGCCAAUGCUUCCAUUAGGCUUGAGUGAUGUGCCUGGUGAGGCUAUGGUCAAGAAUUAUUGUCCAAAGUGCAUGGAUGUUUACACACCCAAAAGUUCUCGACAUCAUCACACUGAUGGAGCAUAUUUUGGAACAGGGUUUCCACAUAUGCUCUUUAUGGUUCAUCCGGAAUACAGACCAAAGCGUCCAGCAAAUCAAUUUGUACCAAGGUUAUAUGGAUUUAAAAUUCAUCCUCUAGCCUACCAGGUUCAACAACAAUCGGCAGCUACGUUUAAACAACCAUUGCGAGCUGUUUUUAACAAUGGAAAGCGUUAAAAUUAUUUGAUCAUAGUUUAGAACAAAACUUCAUACUAAUCGAAAUGCAAAUCUUAAUUUCGUCCCUAAGAUUUAAAUAAAAUAUUAUUUUUUAUA